AUGGCAACAUAUAUGUCACAGGAUGACAUCUCACUACUGGAAAGUGUCUGCCGCACUCUUUUCGUCAAUUUUUUUGUGAAGGAAGCCAGUAUGAAAAAUAGUGUGUAUGUCGUUUUCGAUGUUGUCGAUGAGGUGUAUGGAUAUGAGAUGCAGUCGAUGAUCAAUCUCAUGAAAGAUAUUAACGAGGCAAUCUCAAGUCAUGUUCUGAGAGCUGUGUCACUAGAGCUACGAACUGAAAUCGUUUCGACACUUUCGGAGAGGACCAAGGAACGUUUCUGUGGGUUGAUCUUAUGCUCAAAGAGUUUAGCCAAAACGUUGAGCCGAGAGAGUGCUCUGAAAACCUAUGCUAAGGUGGUCGAUAACCACUUUUUCUCUCACCAGAACUAG